AUGGCCUGGCUGCGGGCGCUGGCCGCCCCCCUGCGGUGGGGCUCUUCCGCCACCCUUCUCCGGCCUCCAGCACUCCCCUCAGCAGGACCAGCAAGCGCUUCCAUGGCCACCCUCAACCAAAUGCACCGCCUGGGUCGCUAUAAGCGGCCCCCAACCAAGCCCGGACCCACCGAUGGCCGGCCGCAGCUGAAGGCGGUGGUGCUGAAGACGCUCAUCCGGAAGCCCAAGAAGCCCAACUCGGCCAACCGGAAGUGUGCCCGUGUCCGCCUCAGCACGGGCAAGGAGGCCAUCUGCUUCAUCCCCGGCGAGGGCCACAACCUCCAGGAGCACAGCAUCGUCCUGGUGGAGGGGGGCCGCACCCAGGACCUGCCUGGCGUCAAGCUGAAGGUGGUGCGCGGCAAGUAUGACUGCGCCCACGUCAUCAAGAAGAAGUGAGCUGGCGGGAAGACGCUGCCUCCCGGCAC